AAGGCAUGUUCUAGAAGAUUUUUGCCUCCCGGAGAAAAAUGACUUGUGCUUCUCUCGUCUAUAUAUAAAUAAAUGGCCAUUCCCCAAUCAUCAGUGCGGCCGGUGUGCUUCUCCACAUAUGUGGUUUACAUUUGAUUGCGCAAUUUACUCCAUCACACACAUCCCAGCCAGAGACAGCAUCAGAAAAGAUAAAACAUUGUCCAGUGGAACGCGCUCCAAGUAACAUCGUCUCUGUUUAACCGUGAAGCUUUCUCGCAUAAUUAAUUUUCCACGGAAAAUCCAGUUCAGGGAUAUAUAUCAGUAUAAUUGUCCAGUGUUUAUUGAAAUACCAUUCAAAUUUGUGGUGCCAUUGAAAUAGUUUUGUGAGUCAAAAGAUUAAAAAUAUACCAAUCUUUUCUAAGUUUUGCUUUUGGGGGCGCCAAUUGCACUUUUCCUCGAGAGUUUUCCGCAUCAAAAAAAGCGAAAAUGGGUCUCCUUUCCGAGGGUAGUCCACUGAGUUGGGAGGAGACGAAGAAUUUGGCAAACCACGUGCGAAAACACGGUAUUGAACAAUUCAUUCAUCUCUACGCACGCUUAAGAGAUCGCCAGGGAGAUAUACUCAAAUGGGGUGAUGAGAUUGAGUAUAUUCUCGUAAAGUUUGAUGACGAAAAGAAGACAGCCAGAGUAUCUCUACGUGCUCAGGAAAUGCUGGCACUUCUCAAUGAAAAGGAACUUGCAGAUCCUCAGGGAGUUAAAUCCCUAUGGCGCCCAGAGUAUGGGGCUUACAUGGUUGAGGGUACCCCUGGGAAGCCAUACGGUGGUCUUCUGGCUCAUUUCAAUGUUGUCGAGGCUAAUAUGCGCUACAGACGGCUGGAACUGUCGAGUUUAUUACCUCCUGGCGAAACUGUGCUCUCCAUCACAAACUUUCCCAGAUUGGGUUGUGGCAUCUUCACAUACCCAGAGGCUUUUCCGACGCCUGACGAUGAGGAAUGUGCUGCUCGUUCCCUCUACUUUCCAGAUGAGGGCACCUAUGCGGGACACCCGAGAUUCAAGACCCUCACGCGAAACAUUCGCAUGAGACGUGGCGAGAAGGUGGCGAUAAAAUUGAAAGUGUUCAAAGAUGAGAAUACUCAGCUUCCCGUCGAAGGAAGUCCUCCUGGAGAGCCUGAUACUGUUCUGAUGGACGCAAUGGGCUUUGGGAUGGGCUGCUGCUGCCUCCAGCUUACUUUUCAGGCGUGCAACAUCACCGAGGCUCGUACGCUCUAUGACCAAUUGACUCCACUGUGCCCCAUCAUGUUAGCCCUGAGUGCUGCUUCACCGGCUUACAGAGGCUUUCUUACGGAAUCCGACUGCCGCUGGAAUGUGAUCAGUGCAUCUGUGGACUGUCGGACUCCGGAGGAACGUGGCGAGAAGCCACUGAAAGAGGGACAGUUUCGAAUUUACAAAUCUCGCUAUGAUUCCAUUGAUUCGUACCUGUCGCCAGCUGGUGAAAAAUACAAUGACGUGCCUUUAGUAUACGACGAAGCGAUCUAUCAACGACUUCGCGAGGGUGAUAUUGAUCAUUUGUUGGCUCAACAUGUUGCUCAUCUAUUUAUACGGGAUACCGUGUCGCUCUUUUCGGAGAAAGUCCAUCAGAAUGAUGAACAAGAUACGGAUCAUUUUGAGAAUAUUCAAUCGACAAAUUGGCAAACGAUGCGCUUCAAGCCACCACCUCCAAAUUCAUCAAUUGGCUGGCGAGUGGAAUUCCGACCGUGUGAAUUGCAGCUGACAGAUUUUGAAAAUGCAGCAAUUGUGUGCUUCGUGGUGCUGUUAACACGAGUCAUUCUGUCCUACAAACUGGACUUUCUCAUUCCAAUCAGCAAAGUCGAUGAGAAUAUGCAGAAUGCACAGAAGCGCAAUGCUUGCCGAGAGCAGAGAUUCUGGUUCAAGAAACAUGUCACAGGACAGAUGAAAAAUGGCGAGACUGUCGUUGAAAAUGGAGCAGUGGAAGCUGAGGAUGAAUAUGAGUUGAUGACAAUUGAUCAAAUUAUCAAUGGAAAGGACUCUUUUCCUGGACUAGUGCCGUUGAUUCACAGCUAUUUGGGCUCAAUGGAUGUCGAUGCAGAUACUCACUGUACCAUUCAGCAGUACUUAAAGCUCAUUCAGAAGCGUGCAUCAGGUGAAUUACUUACAACAGCUUCAUGGAUUCGACAGCAGAUCAUUAAUCAUCCUGAAUACAAAAAAGAUUCCAUUGUGAGUGAGAGGAUAAAUUAUGACUUGCUCAAGAUUUGCAAAGAGAUUCAGGAUGGUGAGAGGCAGUGUCCAGAGUUGCUGGGUCAAGGGAACAAUUCCAAGACAAAAGAUAACAUUCCGCCAGCCAUACAGAAACACUUGACCAUUGCAAAUGCAUGUACUUAAUGGUGAACAACAAAACAAAAAAAAAUUAAUGUACUUGUGGGGUAAAAUAGUCUGACUUAUGCUGUUGUAUUGAUUUCAUCAUCCAUUUCCCGUGGUAUACAACGGAAUGAAAGUAUAACUCGAAGUUUUUGUUUAAUUGCCUUCUCUCAUUUCGAUUUUUUCCUCCUUUUUUUCUCUUUCCAUCGCGAGAAGUAACUGACUUGACGCACACACUCAUUCACACAAUUUUUGUAUCUCCUGAAUUGAGAAUUACCUGUGUUUUGUUUUUUUUUUGUCGUGAAGUGAAAGAGAAUUAUUAAAAAAAAAACCAAUGUGAUACGGGUAAUUGUUAAUUUUUAUAAACAGUCUCAAAUCAUUUUUAAGCAUGCCUAUAAAUCAUUCAGUUUCUAAAACAUUGCAAAUCUGCAUUUAAUAAUGUGAAUGUCGUUCCACUGAAAAACCUUCAUCAUUCCUUUGCGAGAGAAGAGUUUUUUUUCUAUAUCCAUGAGAUUUCGUGGUUUUUCAGUGCAAUUCUCUGCAGUGACUGCACGGGAAAUUUACAUUUUUAAUCAUUAAUUGUUUUUUUUUUGUUGAUCUUUUUAUUCAAAAGUAGAAUGCAUGAUAGGUUUUUUUUUGGCAAAAGGGUUUUUACAUUUUUCAUGUAAUACAAGUCUUUAUUAGGGAUUUGAAAUCCGAUAGUUGAAAAAAAAAAGAAUUAUAAAAAGAAAAUUUUAAAAGAAAUUACAUUAAAGAAAAAUGUAGAGAGACACAAAUAAAAAAAAUGUAAUAAUUUGUUAAUAAAAAUACCCAUUUUUGAAAAAAAAA